AGAGGUUAAUGUUCAUCUGCCUCCGAAUGUUAAUGUGUUUAGGUGAUGUCAGUGGGAACCGGGAAGGAGGGAGUGGGAAGAGCAGUGGGGCUUAGAGGCAGCUGAAGCUGCAGGCUGCCCGGAAGACCCCCUUCGGGACUGCGGGCUCCCGCUCCAGGACGGGACUCCGGGCGCCGGAGGCUGCCGCAGCCUGCGUGGGCGACGGGCCAGCGGGCCACAGGCACCGCAGGAUGGACCUGGAAGCCUUGCUGCUGACCACCGGCCCCAACGCCAGCAACACCUCGGCCGGCCAGGACAACCUCACCUCCGCAGGGCCACCUCCUCGCAGAGGGAGUGUCUCUUAUGUCAACAUCAUCAUGCCCUCGGUGUUCGGCACCAUCUGCCUCCUGGGCAUCGUGGGGAACUCCAUGGUCAUCUUCGCGGUGGUGAAGAAGUCCAAGCUGCACUGGUGCAGCAACGUCCCCGACAUCUUCAUCAUCAACCUCUCGGUGGUGGACCUCCUCUUCCUCCUGGGCAUGCCCUUCAUGAUCCACCAGCUCAUGGGCAACGGGGUCUGGCACUUUGGAGAGACCAUGUGCACCCUCAUCACGGCCAUGGACGCCAACAGUCAGUUCACCAGCACCUACAUCCUGACUGCCAUGGCCAUCGACCGCUACCUGGCCACUGUCCACCCCAUCUCCUCCACCAAGUUCCGGAAGCCUUCUGUGGCCACCCUGGUCAUCUGCCUCCUGUGGGCCCUCUCUUUCAUCAGCAUCACCCCUGUGUGGCUCUAUGCCAGGCUCAUCCCCUUCCCAGGGGGCACGGUGGGCUGUGGCAUCCGCCUGCCCAACCCGGACACUGACCUCUACUGGUUCACCUUGUACCAGUUUUUCCUGGCCUUUGCCUUGCCCUUUGUGGUCAUCACGGCUGCGUACGUGAGGAUUCUGCAGCGUAUGACGUCCUCCGUGGCCCCCGCCUCUCAACGCAGCAUCCGGCUGCGGACAAAGAAGGUGACCCGCACGGCCAUUGCCAUAUGCUUGGUCUUCUUUAUAUGCUGGGCACCCUACUACGUGCUACAGCUGACCCAGUUGUCCAUCAGCCGCCCGACGCUCACCUUUGUCUACCUGUACAACGCGGCCAUCAGCUUGGGCUAUGCCAACAGCUGCCUCAAUCCCUUUGUGUACAUCGUGCUCUGCGAGACGUUCCGCAAACGCUUGGUCCUGUCGGUAAAGCCUGCGGCCCAGGGGCAGCUUCGAGCCGUCAGCAACGAUGAAGAGAGGACAGAAAGCAAAGGCACCUGACACUUCCCCUGCCACCCUGGGCACCUCCAAGUCAGGACACCACAGCAGGCCACGGGGAAAGAGACUGAUGAAAACCCAAGACCGCUCUGGGAGAAUGCAGGGAGGCUGGGCGGGGAGGGGGUUGCUGCUACCAAACACCUUCCACGGGGCCCCCCAAAUUGCUGGGAAGGCUCCAAGCCAGGUCGGGGGCUUCAAGCAUCAGAAAUCCCCUUGGGAGAGCAGGAUGGAAGCUUGGGGUUGAACAGAAGCUGAGCAAGAAGAAAAUGUUGCUUUAAAUAUUCAGUUGAGCCCCGCAUUGGCUAGCUCCCAAAUGUCUUUUUCCUGAGACAAGAGGUUUGUUUAAAGCCAGGCAGGGCCUGGGUGCGACAGUGGGGCCCCACGGCACAGCACAGGGGAAGGUGGUGCCGACUCCAUGCCCUUUCCAUCUCAUUGGCAGGAUGGAGGGCAGCCUCUCUCCCAAGCUGGAGGGUGAUGAGAAAGGAAGCGUGCCGUCUCUCCGUGUUCCAGCAUCCUGUGCUGCUUUCCCUGUAUCUUUAGGGGGUGCAUGUUUACCAUUUGGGGGUGGGGGGCUCUGAGCCCACAGGAGUAAAAGCCCAAUGUGCUAGGAGACCCAACUGAAAAUGACAAGGCUAACUGGGGUGGGGUGUCUUGAAAUUUAAAAAAAGGGAGGUAACAAGGGGUUUUUGCAGCUGUGGGCACAUUGUCAUCACGGGCACAUUCAUCAGUCACCAGAUCCAGAGCGAGUGGCCAUCAGUGUCCUGCAUGUGCAGGGGUCGUUCAGAUGCCUGGUGUGUUGGCACCAUCUUUUUGUUGUGGCCCUUCCUCUCCCAAAUAAAAAUCUCUAGAUGCUCCUAUAUAACUGCUUGGGCUUGGGGGUGGGGAGAGGGGGAGGGUGGGUGCCAGAAAAGGAAAGAGGGAUCACUUGGCUUUGGAAUCUAGAACUUGGUUCAGGCUACAUUUUAGGAAGCAAAAAGCAGGGGAUCUGCUUAUCUAUACCCACAGGGAGGGGUCAGUGUCACAAAUGGAAUUACUGUGAAUUCAUUAGAUUGCAAUUCUACUGCUGUGCUCGUCGCCAGAACUCCCCUUUCUGUCUGCUCCUUUUCUGUCAGCGCUGGUCCCUCAGGCCCCAUGUCCCACCACCAUGUCCCCGCUGAGUCACUGGUUGCAGGGUUGGCUUCUCAGGGCAGCCUGAGCUGGCUUCUUGCAGCUGCUAAGACCUGGAGUGAGCCACGUUGAGCAGAAGACUACAGGCGGGGCCACUGGGCGGCAGCCAAAGCUGCUGCUUCACGGCUGCUUCACCAAGAGCAGCUGGGAGCCAGGAGUCCUUCGCAAAUUGCUCAGCAGAUGUUGAUGAGACAGUGGGAGCAAAUUAUGAGCCUCAGAGCCUCCAGCUGGUCCAGAUGCGUCCUGAAAGUAGGUGCACGGGCACGGCC